AUGCUCUACGCAUAUGUCGUUUUGACUGUGCUGGCCACUCUGAAGUGUGAUAUAAUUGCCUUGUUGACUGUCAUAUUUUUGUGUCUACCUGACAGCGAUGAUCAUAGUAUAUUGAAAUGGAACUUGUUAUCAGAUGAAACCACACAGGUCAUUAAAUUACCAGCAGAAAUCUUCCCAACUGAUAUACACUGGUUUCCACGAAGUGCUGGAGGCAAAAAACAGAGCCAGUCUGAGUUGUUCGUACUUACCUCUACAGAUGGUAAAUUCCACUUGAUCUCUCGGAAUGGUCGUAUUGAGAAGUCUGUGGAGGCUCACCGAGGUGCUGUGCUCAGUGGAAGAUGGAGCUUUGAUGGGUCAGCCAUGGUUACAGUUGGAGAGGAUGGUCAAGUGAAGAUCUGGUCCAGGAGUGGCAUGUUACGGUCAACUUUGGUUCAAACAGGUACCCCAGUGUAUUCUGUUGCCUGGAGUCCUGACUCAGACCACAUCCUACACACAAGUGGAAAGCAACUGGUUAUUAAACCUUUACAAGCUGCUGCAAAGCCAGUCCAGGUACAUGUAUGA